AUGACCACCGCCGGCAGCAGCAACGCGGGGCAGGCAGCGGACUUGGUGGAGGUGGUGCGCUAUUACGUCGACAAAAUGCUGAGAGAGGUUCCUGGAAUGAAGGUGCUGCUGCUGGAUGCGGAGACGACGCGCGUGGUGUCCACUGUGUUCAGCCAGUCGGAGAUCCUUGAGCAGGAGGUCUACCUGGUGGAACGGCUGGACGCAGACAAGGGGGACCAGCUGUUCCACCUCAAGGCUGUGUGCUUUCUGCGUCCCACCCGUGAGAACAUCGCACGCAUGCGGCGCGAGCUGCGGGACCCUCGGUUUGGCGAGUACCACUUGUUCUUCACCAACCGCGUGGAGGACAUGCGGCUGCAGGACCUGGCGGAGAUGGAUGUGCGGGAGCAGGUGCAGCAGGUGCAGGAGUACUUUGGGGAUUUUGUGGCGCUGGAGCCGCACCACUUUCUGGUGCCGCUGCCGCGGCCCCACCUCGCCAUGCAGCCCUUCUCCUGGGACUUUGGGAACAGCAGCGACGCCAUCGCACGCAUGACCGAAGGGGUGGCCAGCCUCAUGCUCUCCCUGCGCCGCCGCUUCUUGAUACGCUACCAGCGCGGCUCCGAGAUCUGCGAGCGCUUUUCCCAGUCGCUGCACCACCUCACAGCGAUAGAGGAGCGGGAGCUGUUCGAUUUUGGCAACCGCGGCGAGCCCGCCCCCGUGCUGCUCAUCCUGGACCGCCGGGACGACCCCGUCACGCCGCUGCUGUCGCAAUGGACGUACCAGGCCAUGGUGCACGAGCUGGUCGGCAUCGCCUUGAACCGCGUCGACCUGCGCCACGUGCCCGGCGUGAAGCCCGAGUUUGCAGAGGCGGUGCUGAGCGCGCGGCAGGACCCCUUCUUCCGCGCCAACAUGUACUCCAACUUUGGAGACCUGGGCAUGGCUGUGAAGGAGCUGGUGGACACGGCGGGCAGGGAGCACCGCAGCGCCCGUGAGUUCCAGACCCUGGACCAGAUGGCAUCCUUCAUCGAGAACCUGCCCGACUACAGCCACCAGCAGGGGGUGACCUACAAGCACGUCACGCUGAUGAGCGAGCUGAGCCACGCGGUGGAGCGGCGCGGGCUGAUGGCGGUGUCGGGCGUGGAGCAGGAUGUGGCGUGCCAGUCGCCCAGCCUGGCCGCGCACUACGAGGCGGUGGCGGGGCUGGUGGGCAACGCGGGCCUGCCCGAGGCGGACCGGCUGCGUCUGGCGCUGCUGUUUGCGCUGCGGUACGAGCGGGACGGCGCGCCGCAGGUGGCGGCGCUGCUGCACACGCUGGGGGACCAGGGCGUGGAGCCGCACCGCCUCGCGUUGCUGCGCUUUGUGCUGAAGCAGUGCCGCGCGGAUGCGCGGGUGGCAGACAUCUUCUCCGACCGAACCAUGAGCUCCCGCUUCGCCUCCCUUGCCAAGCAGCACCUCAAGGGCGUAGAGAAUGUGUACACGCAGCACACGCCCGCCCUGGUGGGCCUGCUGGAGCGCCUGGCCCGCUCCAAGCUGCCUGAGAUGGACUACCCACGCGUGGACAGAAACAGCAGCCCGCAGGCGCCGCGGGUGCCCCGGCUGGUGGUGGUGUUUGUGGUCGGGGGCACGACGUAUGAGGAGGCCAGGGCGGUCGCGGAGCUGAAUGCGGCGGGGGAGAAGGGGGAGGGCUGGUCCGCGGGCAUGCGGGUUGUGCUGGGGGGCACCUCCGUGCAGAACAGCACCAGCUUCCUGAAAGACCUGCAGGAAGUGAUGGUGAACGAGCGGUACGCCAGCUAG